AUGAGCACACCCGCGGGGUUUCAUGAAUCAGUGGCACACACUUGCACCUAUCUCUUACGAGCUAUGUCUGCCACCUCGUCGUACCGUUCGGAGAUUAGUAUUCCGGUAAAAAAGGAUCCGCGCACCUUUGAGCAGAGCCGCAAGGAUCUGGUGACCAAGUUAGAAAAGAGCUACAAAUCCUCCUCCACCAAAGACACAGGCGGAGACACUAUUUCUAGCGUUUCUUCUCAAAGUGUCAAAUCGGAAACUCGAAGCAGUGGAGGUAGACCCCUCACAGACGGGUCUUCCUGGGAAUUUCAGCGAAGCCGAUGGAUUGAUGAAGCUAAGCGACAGUUUGAUGAUGAUGUUCGCCGCAUGAGGAGCAAUAUGUUCGCUCUAGAGCCAGUAGACGAGUUUGAUUUGGAGAAUUGGGACAACUUUGGCAGCCUGAGGGGUGGUCUAGGUGGUGCGGACCAUGGGUUUGAGGCGAUGGAGCGCCGAAUGCAGGCAAUGCGUCAGCAGAUGGACAAUCAGAUGCGGGUGCUGGGUUCGGGUUCAGGUCCCGGACACCCUGCUGGACAUCACCAAAUGACUUCGCACUACUCUACCUCCUCUACACGCACCGUCAACAACGGCGGAGUGGUCACCUCGAACACUUCCACCACUCAGGAGUCGCGCCAGACUGUAGAUGGUGUGACUACAGGCACCAAGAGCCACUCUUCCUCCUCUAGCACCAACAAACUCGGCCCUGGCGCGGACCAUCAAAUGCUCACCACAGCCGCACCCGUCGGUGCCGUCAUUCCGGCUUCUCCCAACAGUGCCGGUGUCAUGGACUUCCUCUCUAACGCCUACGAAGUUGGUGACGAUGGCUUGGUUCACUUCAAGCUACGCUUCGAUGCGAAGGACUUUGCUCCGGAGGACAUUGACGUCACCACAGUGGGCAAGCGGUUGACUGUACAUGCCAGUAAGUCGGUCAAGACGGCCACCUCUACCAGCACCCGCGAGUUUAGCCGCUCCGUCGAUCUGCCACGCUCUAUCGACCACGAAAAAUUCCAGUGUUCUCUCACUGAGGAUGGCGUACUUGUAUUGGAUGCUCCUGUCAAAGCCCCAGACUAUGCCUCAAUUACUUUCGACUCAGGUCACAACCUCGGUAUCCGUCCGAAGGAUUCGUCUGCUUUGAAACCCGCUGAAACACAAGUUACAAGCUCAAGCCUCAAGAUUACAGGACAGUCAGGUCCAGUUAUUUUGAAUGACGGUACUGGUGGUCGAAAGAUUCACCUGGAGGUGCCAGUUGAAGCUGGUUACUCGGCGGACGAUCUCUGCGUUCGCAUGGAUGCCAAUAAAAUCUGUGUCUCAGGGAAGAAGGAGCGAAGCACCGACAGAUCAACUUCGGGGUCCUGUUCCAAGAGUUCCGAGUUUUCGGAAUUCACACGCACAUUCGAGGUGCCAGAGACCAUUGAUCCGUUCACCGUCUCUGCCAUUCUCAAGGACAAUACUCUGGUUAUUGAGGCGCCUCUUCUCUGCACCGUCUAG